UUCACUCUGCCCGCCGCGACACCACCUCUUCCCCCCGUCGGGCCGCUAUCUCCCUCUUCGCUUGGUAGCCACCUUCGCCGCGCGGGGGCACACACGAUCUCCGCCCCUGCCGCCCUUCAUGGCCGUCGCCUCCAGAGGAACGGCACUCGGUGGCCCGCACCCGAACCCUAACGAUGACGGCCCCAGGUUCCGAUCACUGGCGGGGAAAGGGAAGCCCGUCCCUCUAGCCGACAUCACCAGCACCAGGCGGCCCAACCCCACCAGAUCCAUCAGCGUCGCCAACGUUGUCAAGGAGAACGCCAAGUUGCAUCAUCUGCUCAGCGAGAAGACAAAGAUCAUCGAGGUCAGUAGAGUUGAGAUGCACAAGCUCUGCCUCGCGCUGAAAGCAUCACACCAGCAGAACCUGCAGCUCACACAGACCAAUUCUCAGAUGCUCGCGGAACUAAAUCUGGGGAAAGAUAGAGUAAGCUGUCCUGUUUCUUUUGUGUUUGAGUUUCUUCGAUUGUCAGUACUCAGUAUGGAUUGUUAAUUUGGGAACUAUUUGCGGAUAUAAUGUGCAUCUCAAGGUAUUGCAAUAUGAGCUGUCAUGUACAGUAGCAGUGCUUAAGUAAAGGAUUCAGAACUCGAGGCAAGCAAGAGCAUGGCUUAACUCAGCUUCUUUUUAUUAUAGAUGCCAUGAUUUUUUUACUCAUAUUACGUUUUGCAGUGUAAGAAUAAGACUGCUAAUCAACGGCGGAAGAAAGUAAAUUCACAGGAGAUCAUGAAAGCCAUAACUUCCAAAGUUGCAGCAGUUGAGGCUCAUCGAAUUGAUGGUUCAGUCACCAGUGCCGUUGAACACCAUUUUGUUGAAUCUCAAUGUAAAGCUAACACUUCUUUCUCUUCUUUUGUUGUGGAUUUUUGUACUGUACUCAGCAGUCAUUUUGUACCGCUUUAUUCAACACGAGUUGUCUGUUGUGUAAGUUUAUUCAUGGUGGUUUCGGUCAGUAUUGUGGCAUUCUCAUUUUGCUAGCUUUGUAAUGUACUAUUGUCUCAUGAGUGUUA